UCUUCAAGCCGGAUAUCGCUAUUUGGAUGUCAGGACCAUUGAAGAGUUCAGUGCAGGUCACACUCCAGGUGCCAUUAACAUCCCUUACCUUCACAAAAUUGGAGAAGAUAUGACAAAAAACGCUGAUUUCAUUGAACAAGUCUCAUCCCAAUUCAGCAAACAUGACAAAAUCGUUGUUGGGUGUAAGAGCGGUAGGAGGUCUAAGAUGGCUGCUACAGACUUAUUAGAUGCUGGAUUUAGUGGAGUUAAAGAUGUGGCUGGUGGUUAUGAUGAUUGGACCCAAAAUGGACUUCCAACACAAAUAUAAAACGUCACAAAUGAGUAAUUAAGUUUGUUAUUAUGUUUUAUGAGAAAUAUUAGAGAAUCAACGGAUUCUGUUAUUUUUUGUGGUAGUUAAUCAGUAAUAUUUAAAAGUGUAUGUUUAA